AUGACAACGAAUAAUUAUAACAACGACGAUAUACCAACUAUCGAAGAAUUAUCCGAAAUUCAAAUUGCUGAUAUUCAUCACAUUGAAAAGAAGCAUGACAUCAGGCCAAAAGCUUAUUCUUUGCCUGAACGACGAACAGCUCAACAACAACAUGGUAGUAAGAAACAAUCACGUUUCGGCACUAUCAAGCAAUCUGUAAAACGUCGGAUCUCUGGAAGUAUCAAGAGUAUUGGAGCAUAUGCUGGAAGGAUAGCCAAACCAGCCAACGCUUAUUUCCGUUGGAAUCUGCUUUUCACAUUUUUGAUCUUCUUGUUUAUCUCAUCAGCUAUUUGGAUUCCAUGUAUUCCUGCAGUCAAUGAUUUUGCUCUCGAAAUUGUCACAAUCAUUUCGAUUAUUUUGCAUUGUCUGUGGAUUAUUGCUAUUAUAAAUGCCUUGAGGUAUACAUGGAGGCUUAGAAGAUUUGCAUCUCACGAAAUCAGGCUAGACUUGGUCAAAAAUGAAGCGGGUAUAAAAAUGAAACAUUUGGUCGGUCUAUGUGUCUACAAGGAGCCACUGGAUUUACUGAUGGACACAAUUGAUAGUAUUGCUUCUCAGCCAAACGCAAAAGAUAAAAUCACAUGUCUUGUGGGAAUGGAAGGAGGAACUCCGGACAAAGAAGAAAAAAAGCGUAUCCUCGACGACAAAUACGGCCCAAAGUUUGAACGGUUCAUUGUCACUUUCCACCCACGUGGACUGCCGGGAGACAUUCCAGGCAAAUGUUCGAAUUUCAACUAUGCAGCAAGAACAGCGGUCAAGAUAUUGAGAGCUGACAAGAACUAUCCACUGGAAGAGUAUGAUAAUAAUGUGGAACUGAUUGUGACCACUGGAGAUUGUGACAGUGUAUUCGGUGACCGGUAUUUCGAUGCAUUGGAAGAAGACUACUGGAAGCUCUCAGCGAAACAAAGAUCAUACACUGUCUGGCAAUCUCCACUUUUCUAUUGUAUCAACUUGGAUCAAUCCCCAUUCUUUGUCAGAGUUACUGGACUCCUUAGAGCAUUCUUUAUGAUGGGUUAUCUUAUCCCAUGGAACAUCAACACAAUGAGCAUCUUUUCUCUCACUUUGAAAUUGUUCGAGGAGGGAGAGUACACUCAUCCAGGAUACCAAAUGGACGACAUCAUUGCUUUGAUUAGAUGGUCUUUGGCAGUUCGAAGAAAAUGUGUCAUCAGAGCAAUUCCAGUAGCUACAUUGUCUGGGCCGACAAGUGGAAAGAAUUAUAUCGAUGAAUGGUACGAGUGGGCGCGUCAGAUCAGACGCUGGACCAUUGGAGCCGCUGAAGUUUUCCAUUACUUCGCUAUCAAAUUCUUCCGACUUCCAGUCUCUGUUUCAUUUUCUUUCGCCGCCAAGUUUGUUUUCUACUACGGAUUCCUGCUCUGUAUCGCAUCUGUCUACACAAUCAUUGCUCCUCUUGUGACCCCCGCUAUGUUGAACGCAGUUGACCAUGGUGUGCACGGACUGGUCAUUCCAAACAACAAGUGUUUCAUGAUCAUCAUGUUUGGAUUCCUGGGACUUCAAUACAUCUGGUUCUUCAUUGUUUUCCUCGUCAACUACCUCUGCCAACCGGUGUUCCCCAGACAAACUAAGGACAAGACCGGAAUAAUCCGCAACAUUUUCCAUUGGCUUAUGACCUGGCCGACACUGGUCAUGUACUGUUGUGUGGAAUUAGUGGCGUUUUUAGAGGUUACGGUUCGCGGAAAAUCUGUCUGUUCGCAUAAUGCGUCGAAGAAGGAUAAUUUGGUGGCACCUGUACCUAGUAAACUACCAGACCGAAUGGAAGUGUAA